ACUAACCACAAAACCAUUUGUCCACUUCGAAUAACACGAUUCAUUUAUAGUUGUUAUUUUAUGUAAUAUUCAAAAAUAAUUUUAAUCGUAAAAAUGUUCAUUGAGAACGUUUAUUAAAGUAUUGAAAAAGACGGUUAGAGGAUUUUUCUUUAAUAUAUAUUUUUCAUAGUGUGCCAAGCUGUAUACAAGUUAAAUAGUUGUAGUAUAAUAAUGAAAACGUUACAAUUUCACAUUAUCUUUGGAUUGAUAGUUUUACUUUAUAAACCAGGAUGUGCUUUCGAGGAAAUUAAGAACAAAAGUCAAGCAGUAGAAUAUUUGUCGGCAUUUGGGUACUUGGAAACAGCUUUGCAGUAUAACCCUAAAUUAGCUCAUAAACUUACAAACAAAGUUUAUAGAAAUGCGCUAAUUGAAUUUCAAAUAUUUCUAGACAUACCUCCUACUGGUAUUUUAGACAAAGAAACUCUAAAAGCUUUAAAUACUCAAAGAUGUGGUUGCAUUGAUAGAUUUUAUAGGGUCAAACAAGAUCGAUUUAAAAGAUAUGUCAGACUACCUGAUGGUUGGAGACUUACUAACUUGAACUAUAAAAUAUCUAGAUAUCCAACUAGAGAACUUAACCAAAUUCAAACAGACACAGAAAUUAAACGAGCUUUUGAUCAGUGGUCAGCAGUAACACCGCUUAAAUUCAAUCAAGUAGAAAAUGGACCAGUAUGUUUUAAAAUUAUAUCUAACAUACAUGCACACAUAUUUAACUCGCUUAUAAAAAAGAAAAUAUUUUUAUUAAGGAAAUAGCUGGUCGAUAACAAUUUUUGAACUAUUAUUUCAGAAGUUAUUAUAAUUUAAAAUAUUUACAAGAAGUUAGACUCGGGUGCUGCUAUUUUUAUCACUGGAUAUUUCUCGGUUUCACGCUUCAUUCCGUCUAGGUAUAAGAAUAUUCAUAACUUUUGAAAUACUGGUCAAAAAGUUGUAUCGACUCGUGUUUUCCUAAUUAGAUAAUUUUCUAUUAUUUAAUAAAAUAUAUCUGUUAUCAUUUAAAAAUUAAAGCUGGCACCUUUAUAAAUUAUGAAUAUAAAA